UUUAGUUUUUUUCAUAGUUGAAUUGAUUUUUUGUUUUUCUUCUAACCUUUGUUUGUUUCAUAUUAUUAUUAUACAUGGAAGAAAUAAAGGUGGUAGUAGGCCAUGGGCCAUGGCAAUCCACAUUCUUCAACCACCUUUUAUUCUUUUGCUGACUCUUUCUUCUUUUCUUCUUCUUUACUUCUUCAUUCAUUCCUAUCAUUUCAUUUUCUUAACUUCUCUUUUUUUUUGUUCUUCUAUUAUCUUGGUUUUCCUCUUCUGGAAAUAAGACCUUCUCUGUUGAGUAGAGGAUUUGCUUGACUUGGAUAAUGGGUUCUGGUUUUUGGUUUAAAGCAAUAAUUAGUUUAAGGAAUAGGAAGUCUAGAGAUCGAAGAUCAAAGAAAGCAAAGGGUACUUUAGCUCAGGAGAAGCUAAGUGCAUUGAAGUCGAACAAGUCUCCGGGAAACGAGUCUACUGGUAUAGCAAAUGGCAACCAAAAUGAAAAUCUUACGUCCAUUGAAGCCACUGCUGCAACAAGGAUUCAGACCGCAUUCCGGGCUUAUAAGGCUAGGAAAGCUUUACGACGAUUGAAAGGUUUCACGAAAUUGAAGAAUUUAACACAAGGUUACUCUAUUCAAAAGCAAGCCGGUACAACUUUAACAUACCUUCAUUCAUGGAGCAAAAUACAGGGUGAGAUUAGAGCUCGUCGAAUCUGUAUGGUGACAGAAGAAAGGAUCAAGCGGAAGAAACAAGAGUCUCAACUAAAACUCGAAGAAAAGCUUCAUGAUUUCGAGGUUGAAUGGUCCGGCGGCCCUGAAACCGCGGAGGAAACCCUUGGUAGGAUACAUCAGAGAGGAGAAGCAGCAGUAAAGCGCGAAAGAGCCAUGGCCUAUGCUUUUUCUCAUCAGUGGAGAGCAAACUCUAGUCAGAGCCAAGUACUAGGCAGCUACGAGCUCGGCAGAGCUAACUGGGGUUGGAGCUGGAAAGAACGCUGGAUCGCCGCUCGUCCAUGGGAAAGCCGCGUCGCUACCAUUAGCCCGAAGAAAACUCCAAAUAAACAGUCCUUCAAGGCUCAAAAGGAUAAAAACACAUCAACAUCUAAAACUCCGGUUUCGGUAACACCUCCUUCCUCCAAUACAAAAGGAACUCCUCCUAAAGGGAGUACCAAAGGUAGAAGAUUGUCUUUUCCAACCACAGAGAAAGAGAAAACUGUGGUUGAAGGAGUGAAGUGAUUAUUCAAAAAUGGUUCCUAAGAAGAAAAGCUCAAUUUUUCAAGUCUAAGAGAUCACUAUUUAUUUAUUUGAUUGCUUCCUAUUUGUUCAUAUUUUGGUGUGAUUUGUUGAUUGAUUCUGUUUUUUUCUUCUUCACAUUUUGUCAAUCUUGUAUAUUCAAAGAAGACACAGAUUAAAUUGUAGAUACAACAAUAUCUUCUUCUUUUUUUUUUACCUUAUAUUAUAAAAUUCCUAUGAUGUGAUCAUGUUUAUUUCUUUAUGGUUUGUU